AUGGAUUUGAAGACACUGCAAAACGAAUCCAGUGUGUUCGAACUCAAACACCUAGAGAUUCAAUCAGCCGGAUACAAACAGAGAAUAGAUCAAAUCAGACCACAGAGUACACACCCUAGAACUAGCCGUGAGUACAAGAUUCGAUCCCAGAUUACACCGCAAACCACACGCAUCAGACAAAAGAGGAUAGAUCUGAGAAUAAAAUCCUACACAGAACUUACAAUACAUAUGAGGAUCCAGGCAAAAACGGACAAACGUACCGAAUCACGAAGACUAGCGAAGUCGCCGGGGUAG